AUGCACCUUACCGAGGACGAGGUCUAUCGCACCUCGACCCAGUACCGCCUGUGGUCCUUCACCCCCGAGCGCCUGCGCUCGCUGCGCAACUCGACCAACGUCAAUGCCGCCGAGCGCGUCAAGGCCAACAUCAAGCGCUUCAGGGCUCAGAAGUCGGCCGACGAUGCCGCUCAACAAAACGGCGGCGCCAGUACUGGCUCCGAUGGCCUCGACAUAGACCCACUUACCCCGGACGAAGAGCUCAAGCUGGUCACCAAGAUCUGCAAGACCUGCGUCGAGUUUGCCGACUUUGCCAAAAAGAACACCAAGUUCAACUUCCCCACAAACGUCAUCGCCACCGCAGUCCAGUAUGUGAAGCGUUUCUAUCUGUUCAACUCCAUCAUGGUCUACGACCCCAAGAAGAUCAUGCCCACAUGCCUCUUCCUCGCCACCAAGACCGAAAUCCACUGGACCCCCGCCGGUGAACUCGCCCCGCUACUUGGCGCCCGGAUGACCGCCGAAGACAUCCUUGCCCCCGAGUACCUUGUCGCCCAGGCUCUCCGCUUCACAUUCGACAUAAGGCAUCCGUACCGGGGUCUGAACGGUGGGAACAUGGAGCUGAUAGCCUUGGCCAAGGGGGAGGCCGCCAUGCUGCCUGGCUCCGGCAGGACGCCUCAAGCUGCGCAGGCCGAGAUGCUGAGGCUCCCUGAGCGGGCCGACGGCGUGCCGUCUACGACCGCCAGCGACGAGCGGGCCAUGGUGAACCGCAUCGGCAACGCCUACAACGUAGCACGCACGACGCUCAAGAGCGUAGCACCCAUCUCGGACGCCUACUUCUUCUACACGCCCGCCCAGGUCUGGCUGGCCGCCAUGCUGCUCGCCGACGAGCCGCUGACGCUAUUCUACGUCGACACCAAGUUCCCCAGCGCCGCCGCUGCCGCCCAGGACGAGAAGCAGGCCGCCGCGUGGGAAGUGCGGAACAAGCUCGUCGCGACUAUCAGGGCGUGCGCGCAGCUGCUCGAGGCGCAGCGCAAGGUGCUCGAGGGCUCCGAGCUCGACGAGGAGUGCAAGCGCAUCGCCCGCAAGCGUGACUUGUGCAGCGACCCCGAGAAGGCUGACUUGAUCGGCCUGCAUGCGGCGCAGAAGCGGGGCGGUGCCUCCGAGGGCCAGGUGGCGGAAAAUCUCGCGAAGAGGAGGAAGCUGGAACGGGAGAACAGCCAGAAGCAGUCGGACGACUUUUGGGGACCCGAACUGAAAAAGGAAUGA